AUCUUUUAUACACUAAUUUUCAUCUUAAUUAAAGCAUGGAGGAAAAUGGCGUCGGUAGGCGAGAGGAGCAGACGACGGUGAUUGAGUUGAGUACCGGCAUUGACAUAGAGAAACUCCCCCUAUGGGAAGAGGAGAGGCAGUACCGUAAUUGUUACGUCAACUCCAUCUCCUCUCGCGAAAUGGAGUCCCUCACUGCCAUCUGCGAUGCCUUCCUUCCAUCCGUCCACGUCUCUGCCGCUGAUGCUGAUGCAGUUGCAACGUUUUAUCAGUCUUCAGCUUCCAUGGCUGCAACUCCAGAGCGUGUAGGAGGGUUGCUGAGCGAGAGGAUGGAACAUCCCAAGAAAUGGAUGAUAAGGUUAGCACUGUGGCUGUUGUCCACUUGGCUGGGAACCUUCGUACUCUGCGGACCAAGAAGCCUUUCGACCAAUUUCCCCUUCUUCCAUACUUUCUCUCAGUUGUCUCAACAGAAAAGGGAAGAAAUUCUGCUUUCAUGGUCUCUUAGUUUUUUCUAUCACCUCAGAAUGCUCUUCAAGUCCACGAAGCUUCUCACCCUGCUGGUCUUCUUCUCCCAGGUAGAUGAGAAGAAUCAAAACUUGUCAUGGAAAGCGAUAGGCUACUGCGGACCUGACCCAGAGUUCCAACCUCAAGCCAGUCGAUUGAAGACGUCAAAACAAAAUGGUUAUGGAAACUUCAUCUGUAAGGAACAAGAAUGCAAAGAAGAUGGUGAGAAAGAAGAGCGUUAUGGUCCCCUCUGUAGAGGUCUUAUCAACCUAAAACACCCACGAGACGUUGUCGCAGAUAAUCUACUACGAUUUGGGCUCCCGGUUUCGGUUCGUCCUAAGAAGAUUAAUCCACCCAACUUAUCUCAUCCUUCUUUAACCAUCAAAUGUGAUGCAGUAAUAGUUGGUUCCGGCUCGGGAGGCGGUGUGGUGGCUGGUGUUCUUGCCAAGGCUGGUUACAAAGUGCUUGUUUUAGAGAAAGGAAACUACUUCGCCAGGAGCAAUCUUUCACUUCUUGAAGGGCCAAGUAUGGAUCAAAUGUACAUGUCUGGUGGUAUGUUGGCAACUGAUGACAUGGGAGUUGUGAUACUUGCAGGCUCGACUGUCGGUGGAGGCUCUACAAUCAAUUGGUCAGCUUCAAUUAAAACCCCACAGCAUGUGAUCAACGAAUGGUGUGACCGCUGUAAGCUGGAGUUAUUUGACAGCAAAUUGUACAAAGAAGCCAUGGAUGUGGUAUGCGAGAAAAUGGGAGUUCAGUCUGAAAUUGUUGAAGAAGGAUUCAACAAUGCAGUUUUGAGAAAAGGGUGUGAAGAAUUGGGGUAUCCCGUAAAUGAUAUUCCAAGAAAUUCACCGCCUGAUCAUUACUGUGGUUGGUGCUGUAUGGGCUGCAAAGAUGGAAGAAAGAAGGGUACUUCAGAAACGUGGCUAGUGGACUUGGUAAAUUCAGGAAAUGGUGUAAUUCUUCCUGGAUGUGAGGCCAUUAAAGUUUUACACAAAAGAAGGAAAGGGAGAGGCCGAAAUAGAGCAACUGGGAUUGCUUUUCAGUUGGAAUAUGUAGGGGCAAAAGACAUCUGCAUUGUGGAGUCUAAGGUGACCAUUGUUGCUUGCGGGGCUCUCAGUACUCCACCUUUGUUGAAAAGAAGUGGUUUGAAGAAUGCUAACAUUGGGAAAAACUUGCAUCUCCAUCCAGUGGCCAUGGCCUGGGGAUAUUUUCCAGAUGCGCCUUUGUCCAGUGGUUGGCCAGAGAAAGAGAAGAAGAGCUAUGAAGGAGGAAUUAUGACAGCAAUGUCUACUGUUGUUGCAAAUAUGGACAAGUCUGGAUAUGGAGCAGUACUACAGACACCAGCAUUGCACCCUGGCAUGUUCUCAGCAUUAAUGCCCUGGCUUUCUGGUGCAGACAUGAAAAGGAGAAUGCUCAGGUUCUCUAGGACAGCUCACAUAUUUGCAUUGGCAAGGGAUAAAGGGUCAGGACACGUAUAUUCACCAAAUUCAAUUGGUUAUAAGAUGGAAGCCACCGAUGAAGAGAAUCUGAAGAAAGGAUUAGAUAAAAUUUUAAGAAUACUGGCAGCAGCUGGAGCUGAAGAGAUUGGGACACAUCACUGCAAAGGGAAGAGCAUAAAUGUGAAGCAAGCAAGCUCACAUGAGUUCGAGAGGUUUGUCAAGGAGGAGAGUUCGAGGCCAUUAAGAGACUUAAAUACACAAAUAUGUUCAGCUCAUCAGAUGGGUAGCUGCCGCAUGGGGAUUGAUCCAAAGCAAUCUGUGGUGAACCAGAUGGGGGAAACAUGGGAGGUUGAAGGACUUUUUGUUGCCGAUUCAAGUGUUUUUCCGACGGCUUUAGGUGUCAAUCCAAUGGUAACUAUUCAAGCUAUUGCUUACUGUACAGCACAGUCCGUUCUUGACGUUUUGAAGAGGAAGAAAAGUAUAUACUGAAUCGGCUGUCUCAAUCUUCAACUCUUGUAUAUACCAAUCUUCCCACAUUGAAGAAAAUUAAGCUUGGGUGCUUGAAGUUGUUGAAAGGGGUUUAAGGAUUGGGUUAAGGGCUUAGGGCAGUGCGGCAUGUAUAUAUAUAUAUAUAUAUAAAGAAGGCGAUCGUCUGCCAACUAUCUCGCAAAUCUUGGCCAAGUGCGCUGCGAAUGGCCUGCCUAUAGUUCUUGAGGAUCUUCCUCAUGGAGGCUCAGGUUUCAGCUGCUGGCAGAUGCUAAUGGUGUUUCCCUUUUGCGUGUUUAAUGCUACAGUCUUAGUUGAUUAAACUGUAUAAUAAAAAGUUGAGUGCCUCCUUCUACUCCU